UCAAAUUCUUCUCCCUUCUCACAUCAUACACUGCUCCUCCCCAACCGCUUUCUCUCCUCUUUACUUAACUCCCUUCUUUGACGAUUUUUUCCCCUAAAAAGGAUCUCGCAUCCUUUUCUUCCUCGUAAUGCGUCGGAACUUAGCGGCGCUGGUGCUUUUCUGCGCCACGGCUGCUGUUUUUGCUAUUGUUGGUGCGGAUGACCCGUACAGGUUCUUCAACUGGAAUGUCACCUACGGAGACAUUUACCCACUUGGAGUUCGUCAGCAGGGGAUACUCAUCAAUGGCCAAUUUCCGGGUCCUGAUAUUCACUCUGUUACCAAUGAUAAUCUCAUCAUCAACGUGUUUAACAGCUUAGACGAACCUUUUCUCAUCUCCUGGGCUGGGAUUCAGCAGAGGAGGAAUUCAUUCGAGGAUGGUGUGUUUGGAACAACAUGCCCCAUUCCACCAGGGAAGAACUUCACAUAUAUUCUCCAAGUGAAGGAUCAAAUAGGAAGCUUUUAUUACUUCCCAUCUCUUGGAUUCCACAAGGCUGCCGGUGGGUUUGGUGGAAUCAGAAUCCUUAGCCGGCCACGGAUUCCAGUCCCCUUCCCGGAUCCUGCCGGUGAUUACACUGUUCUUAUUGGAGAUUGGUACAAGGCUAAUCACACGGAUUUGAAGGCUCAACUGGAUGGUGGCCAUAAGCUGCCUUUCCCUGAUGGAAUCCUCAUCAAUGGCCGCGGAUCUGGUGGUGCUUCCUUUAAUGUCGAACAAGGAAAGACAUACAGGCUUAGGAUAUGUAAUGUUGGGUUGCAAAAUUCCCUCAACUUCCGCAUUCAAAACCACAAGAUGCAGUUAGUUGAAGUAGAAGGAACACACACUCUCCAGACAACUUACUCCUCUCUUGAUGUUCACCUCGGUCAGUGUUCUUCUGUCUUAGUCACUGCCGAUCAGCCUGCAAAAGACUAUUACAUUGUGGCGUCCAGCCGCUUUACAGCCCCCCAGGUCCUCACCACCACUGCAGUCCUCCGUUACAGUAACUCUGCUGGUUCUGCUUCUGGCCCAUUACCAGGUGGACCCACCAUCCAAGUUGACUGGUCCUUGAACCAGGCCCGUUCUAUCAGGACUAACCUUACAGCUAGUGGACCAAGGCCUAACCCACAGGGGUCAUACCACUAUGGUAUGAUUAACACAACCAGAACCAUCAGGAUUGCAAAUUCUGCUGGUCAGGUAAAUGGCAAGCAAAGAUAUGCUGCCAACAGUGUCUCCUUUGUAGCCCCAGACACUCCUAUGAAGAUUGCGGACUACUUCAAGAUUUCAGGAGUGUUCCGCGUUGGAAGCAUUUCCGACAAUCCUACUGGUGGAGGGAUAUACCUUGACACAUCAGUCAUGCAAGCUGACUACAGAGCAUUCAUUGAAAUCGUGUUUCAGAAUGAUGAGGACAUUAUCCAGAGCUGGCACCUUGAUGGUUAUGCUUUCUUUGUUGUUGGCAUGGAUGGAGGGCAAUGGACGCCAGCUAGUAGGAACGAGUACAACCUACGAGAUGCUGUUUUCCGGUGCACCACUCAGGUAUACCCGAACUCAUGGACUGCCAUAUAUAUGGCACUAGACAAUGUAGGAAUGUGGAACAUUAGGUCCGAGCACUGGGCUAGGCAAUACCUCGGACAACAAUUUUAUUUGCGUGUGUACACAGCAUCAACAUCACUCAGGGAUGAAUAUCCGAUCCCCAAGAACGCCAUUCUCUGUGGCAGAGCAAGCGGCAGAAGCACCAGACCUCUCUAAACAAACUUGGAAUAAACCAUCCGCUGUUGGGUAGGAAAAUCCUAUUUAGCUUAAGUGGAUGAAGAGGAUAGUUUUUCUUGCACUCUUAUCUAUUUCGCACAUUAAUGGUGCCUGUGGUUGCAGAGCAAUGUAUCGGUAGAACUUUGAAUGACCUCAGCUCGAGGUCACAUUCUUUAUUCACUUUAAAUUGUAUUACCAUUGUCAUUUUUCAAGUUUCCACACUGCUAAUUAUUUAUAUAAUGUCAGGAUUGUCCUGUUUGUUUAGUCUUUGUAAUACAUAUGGGUAAUGUAAUGAAGGGUUGCUUGCAGA